AUGAAUAACGUUGCAACUGUCGGAACCAAAGAGGCUCGAAGACACCAUGUGUACUUGCGUGAAUACGACUCGCGCGAGCGGCCCGCAUGGUGGAGAAGAAGGUGCUACAAUUUGGCAUUUUCAAGCGAGUCCGACAGUAACUUAUCUCUAGACUCUGCAUCGAAUCCACGGUACACGGAGUUCUCGAGUAGCGGCCAAACUCUGUUUCUCAAUUGGUGGUUCUCUAUCCCGAUGAUCGUGUUGUUUAUCGAAUGGGCGUCCUUUUACUUACUCCGUGUGCAUAUCCGAAUGUGCUGGCUCACGAAUUACAAUUCCCUAUUGACGUUUUUUACGAAUCUGGUCGGAAGUGCCCAGAUAUUGCGCGAGGCGUGUAUCCGACACGUCAUUGUAUAG